CUUCUAACGUCGUAUGUGCAAUAUGCGCAAAAGCCAAAAAAGUUAAAUAUCCAUAAUUCGUCCGUUAAAUAAUUUUAAAUAACUGAGGCAUUUUUCAAAUGAAAAUGUCUGUCUCUAACUGCAUGCGGAGAUAUUGGUUGUGGGUGUCAUUGUUACAACUACUAGUGCUGUCCGUGAAUCAAUCUGAGUCGACUUCAGUACCGCUGGUGCAAUUGUACGUGGAUAAAAUUUCACAGAUCGACAACACGAAGUAUGUGCGUGAUGUAAUGCGGCAGGCAAAGUCGGCCGAAAUGCGCAACUACAUGCAACCGGAUGUCGAUGCUUGUGAUGACUUUUUUCAAUACGCUUGCGGUAAUUGGGCCAAAAUUAAUCCAACCCAGCCGCGCAACUUAUUGGAGACAACAUUUGCUGCGCAACUGCUCAGCAUCUAUGACAAAAAGCAACUGAAAGUGCUUUUGGAGGAAACACAAGAAAACGGAGACGACAUUAAAACAAAUGUGAAAACAUUCUUUGGUGCGUGCCUGCAGGUUGACGAGAAGCAAAAGGAGCGUAAUAAAUUGAAGCUAUGGGAGAUUGCUGAGGAGUUCGGUCAGAUGCCAGUACUUACACCGGAGGGCGCUUGGGAAGCCCACAAAUUCGACUGGUUGUCUACAAUUGCACGUAUACAAAACCAAUACGGGCUAGAUAUUAUACUGCAAUUGGGCAUGCGAGAAGACUUUGUCAAUAAAACAGAAAAUAAAAUAUUUAUUGGACAGCCAAAGUUGGCGCUACAGAGCAAAGCUAUGUAUAAGAGCCCGGCUACGAAAUGGCACCGUGACAAAUAUGAAGAUGAGAUUUGUGAAGCUUUGCAGAAAUAUUUGGGUAUUAAGGAAGCAGAUGCAAAACGGACGGCACACGAAAUACUUUAUUUUGAAUCCAGAUUAGCUGAUGGCAUAACAGAUAGACGAUUAGGAAAGACAAUAAAAUCUAUGGCUGUGUUGCGGACGGUGGAGGAAAUGACCUCAGUUUAUAAAGGCGAUAUAGAUAUGCAUACAUAUCUCAAUAUAAGUUUGGGACAAGAAUUCAAUGAAACUUUUUACGAAUAUCACGUGGAGUAUCAAAAGAACCUGGUGCAGUUGCUUAAAGAGAUCCCCAAAGAGCAAGUAGCAAAUUAUAUUAUGUACCAAUUACUUAAGACAUUCUUUUUUGACUACAAAGCAACGAGUAGUGCUAAGAAAAAAUUAUGCUUGAAUAAAACCAAACUAUAUUUCGCCAACGUUCUGGAUAACAUGAUAUUCCGAAAAUACAAUAAUAAGAACACGGUGGCUGAUAUAAACCUCAUUUGGCUGAAAAUUAAAGAGAUUUUUAAAAAUGAACUUGAAUCGAAUAACUUAAGUUGGAUAUCGCCAACAACACGAAAAUUGGCUUUAGAAAAAUUAACAGCAAUGAGAUUAGAAAUCAACUCUUAUGAAGAGUCAAAUUUCAAUGAAGAAUACGAAGGUUUAAUACUAAGUAAAACGGAUUACAUUGAGAAUUUAAAACAAGUUCUUAUUCAGCAAACUAAACGCGUUUUAGUUAAUCUCCGACAAUCCCAUCGGCCAGUAGAAAUGCCAGUAACAUUUUCAUUUUCACCCUCCUAUAUUAACAGGGAGAAUUCAAUCAAGAUACCUGUUAUACUGCUGCAACCAAAUUUCCUCUGGUCCGAUCAUUAUCCGAAUGCACUUAAAUUUGCCACACUCGGCUCUUUAUUGGCUCACGAACUUAUUCAUGGUUUCGACGAUGUCGGUCGUCAUUUCGAUACCUAUGGUACUGAGCAAACCAGGUGGGAUAACAAUUCCACUGAUGCUUUUAAUGAACGAAAGAGAUGUUUUAAGCGGCAAUAUUCAUUAUAUCGAUAUAAUGGCAAUUAUCUGCCACCGAGUGAGUUGCAAGCAGAAAAUAUCGCCGACAAUGGUGGUAUACAAUUGGCCUACAAAGCGUAUCGGAAAUGGAUCGUCACUUUAAAUGAGACCACGUCAUUGGAGCGCGAACGUCUGCUAGUUUUGGAAACAUUGCCUAAUUUGAAUUUCACAAACAAACAACUAUUUUUUCUCGCCUUUGCGCAAUUUUGGUGCAAUAAUGUGGAUGUACACUUUAGGGACAAAGUUUCACUGAUAAGUGUACAUGUACCAGCGAAAUUUCGAGUUAUUGGUUCUUUGGCGAAUUUCAACACUUUUGCUGAGGAGUUUCACUGCGACACGGGAACAACAAUGAACCCAAAGCACAAAUGUAAAAUCUACUAAUAACUCUGAAUGUAACAAGCAAAUUAAUAAAGGAGAAUUUUUAAUACUCGCAUUUUAGCAAGUAUGCAAAGAUGAAAAGUCGAUGGUAUUUCCUUCCUUCUAUAUCCUUCUGCUUACUGUGAGAAAAUUGUUAAAAGCGGACAGAAAGAUUUGUGCUUCUUAAAAUAAAAAAAGUUUGUGUGUUAAGAUGGUAGAUUCUACCGUCUUAUUGAGUUCAGUCCUCCGAAAUUCAAAUAUUGCAGCUAUACCAAAUUGGUUGAAUUUUGGAUAUUUGGGUGUAUUUAAUAUAAAUAUUUCUGAGAUACCCAGUAGCUUUAGUUAGAUUGGGCUAGAUUUUGUCCGAAUAUUCGAAAUGGUGAAAUUGAAUAAUAAUGCAAAUCAGUAAAAAUAUUGUUAUGUUCAUAUGGAAAAAUUUUGCUUCCUUUUUGUUAUUAUCAUAUUAUGUUUAGAUAAAGGCCUAAUCAAAUUAAACCAAGUAUCCAAUAGUAAGGGUUACUUAAUAUUUAUAUAAAUAUAUAUAUGUAUCUUUGCUAUAUUAUGUGUGGACUAUUAUACUUACGAUAUACUUUUGACAGUUAAUAUGCACAGUUUUUCGUUGAAACUAAUGUACAAUAUGUACGAGUAUAUUUCAAUCUUUGCUCAUAAAUUGCUUUGUAGGAAAGCUUAUCUAUAUGGAAAUAUGUGCGUAUGUAUGUAUGUGUGUAUUGCGUACAUGUUGGCACGCAUAAACUCACAUAAAAUGUGUUCUUUGUAAUCGCAGGCUUUACAAUUCUUUUAAA